AGGGAGAGCAGCACGAGUCCGCGGACAGGCGGUGGAAUGAACGCCCGCGUGAGGCCCUGGCCGUCACUCGAGCGGCAGCUGCGGCUCUGACCCCGCCCCUCCCGCCGCACGCACGCGCACUGCACCCAGCAUGAGGGUCGUGGCCCUGAUCAGUGGUGGGAAAGACAGCUGUUACAAUAUGAUGCAGUGCAUUGCUGCUGGGCAUCAGAUUGUUGCUUUAGCAAAUCUAAGACCCGAUGAAAACCAAGUGGGAUCUGAUGAACUGGAUAGCUACAUGUAUCAGACAGUGGGUCAUCAAGCCAUUGACUUGUAUGCAGAAGCAAUGGCUCUUCCCCUCUACCGCAGAACCAUAAGAGGAAGGAGCUUGGUUAUAGGACAAGUGUACACCAAAUGUGAAGGUGAUGAGGUUGAAGAUCUCUAUGAACUUUUGAAACUUGUUAAGGAAAAAGAAGAAGUAGAUGGGAUAUCAGUAGGUGCUAUACUUUCUGAUUAUCAGCAUGCUCGAGUACAAAAUGUGUGUAAAAGGCUUAAUCUCCAACUCUUAGCUUACCUUUGGCAAAGGAACCAGGAAGAUUUGCUCCGAGAGAUGAUAGCAUCUAACAUUCAAGCAGUGAUCAUCAAAGUAGCAGCUUUGGCCACAUGGAUGAAUAUGGAGGACAAUAUGCUGAAUAAACCAUUCAGAGAAAGACGAAUACUGCAUGAUCUCAUUUAUAUGUGGAAUCUAAAAAAUGUGAAACUCAAUACGAUAGAGAAUAGAAAGGUUAUUUGCCACAGGCUGGAUGGAAGAGGGGGCAUUUGGGGACAAGUUGCAAUUAUGCAAGGUUUAGAUCCAGAUAAACAUCUUGGGAAAACGCUGGAUGAGAUGGAGCCUUAUCUCUUAGAGCUUUCUAAGAAAUAUGGAGUCCACGUAUGUGGAGAAGGUGGAGAAUAUGAAACAUUCACUUUGGAUUGCCCUCUAUUUAAGAAGAAAAUAAUUGUGGAUUCUUCAGAAGUGGUUGUACAUUCAGCUGAUGCAUUUGCACCUGUGGCUUAUCUACGCUUUUUAGAAUUGCACUUAGAAGACAAGGUAUCUCCAGAGCCUGACAACUAUAAAACAUCUACGUAUAUACAUAAUUUUUGAAAAAGCAUUUUCAAAAACAUCAUUGACUAAGCAGUCAUUUUUGUACAGAAAAGUUAACAGCAUUUUGUCAAUUACCAUGGCCAGUUUUUCCCAUUACUUUAUUUUUUUAUUUUUUAAAUGCUUUUUUUAAGAAGAAAUUAAUAGAAUCAUUGAUUAAUUGAAAAAAUAUCAACAGCUUAUUCAUUAACAUUACCAACUUCUCUAUAUUGACUUUUUCUUUGGUUAACACAACCUUUCCGUGACUUCUGUGUGACAUAUGUCUCUUUUGUUCCCCUUUAAUUUUACCUGUAACACCUAUGUGUGUAAUUAUUUCUUUCAUUGCACUACUUUCCUCUUUAUUCUUCCCAUCCUUGCAAUCUAUGUCAUGAUACAGAAGCAUAUGAAAAGACAAUCACUUUAUUUAGCCAGUUGAGUUUAUUUUACUGCAUAUCACCAAAAUGAUCUCUAAUUUUUGUUUUGAAUGUACUUAUGUUUCAAAAGUAUCAGCGUUACUGGACAAAUAGGAAUAAUACCAUUACUUUUAUUGAUUAUUUUAUAAUCAUGUUUAUUUACACCCUCUUUAAAAAAAAUAGAAUGUGGGACAUCUUUCAGUUCACAGCAAAAUUGAGAUGUACGGAGUUCCCAUAUAUACUCCCUGCUUCCACAGAAGCAUGGCCUAUUCCACCAUUAACUUUCUGUGCCAGAGUCAUACAUUUUUUACAACUGCUGAACCUAUUUUGAUUAAAUAUUAUCAUAAAAAGCCCAUAGUUUACAUUAAGGCUCACUGUUAAUUUUUACAUUCUAUAUGUUUUGAUAAUGUCAAAUGACAUGUAUCCACUAUUACAAUAUCAUACAGAAUAGUUUUGCCACCUUAAGAUCUAUGUUCCACCUAUUCAUUUCUUCAUUGGUCUUCUUUAAUCUCUGGCAACCACUCAUUUUAUUGUCUCCAUACCUUUGUUUUUUCCAGGAUGUCAUAUAAAAUCAUACAGUAGGUAUCCUUUCCCGAUUAGCUUCUUUCUCUUAUUAAUUUGCGAUUAGCUUCUUUCUCUUAUUAAUUUGCAUUUAGGUUCCCUCAUUUUUUUAAAGUCUUGUUAGCUUAUUUCUUAUACUUACCUAAUAAUAUUCCAUUGUCUGAACAUAACAAAGUUUAUUAUAUCCUUUCACCUCCUGAAGGACAACUUAGUUGCUUCCACCUUUUGGCAAUUAUGAAUAUAACUACUAUAAACAUCCAUGUGCAUGUUUUUGUGUAAACGUAAGUUUUCAAUUCAUUUGUGUAAAUACCAAUGAGUAUGAUUAUUGUAUUUAUAAAAGUAUAAUGAAAGGAUGUUUAGCUUUGUAAGAAACUGACAAACUGUCUUCCAUUAUAGCUGUACUAUUUUGCAUUCCCACCAGUAAUAAAUGAGUUUCUUUUCUUCCA